AUGGCGUUCGCCCCGGUGCGAUCGCGACCGAACCUCAUCCAUCCGCCGUCGACCAGUGCGUCGAGGAGGCACCGUUCGAACCGACGACGCGUCGUCCCGCGCGCGUUCGCGCCGUGGCGUCCGCCCGACGGGUCCAACCCGCUCGAGGGCUUCUUCGCGAGCGACGCCCCGGUGGGCGGUCUAGGUGCGCUCACCGGUCUGUGGUACCUCGAUGUCUUCGCCCUCAUGAACGUCGUGUUACUCAUGGCGCUCAUCGCCUGGACGUUCGCGAUGCGCGACGAGACGGAGGACGACGAUGGGAUGGGCACGGGCGAUGACGAUGGGCGUUGA